AUCCCUCCGAGGCCUUUCUCUCUCUAGAAAAUUUGCAGGAUUCAGACAGCCAUGGAAGCACAAAAAAGAUGCUCAAGAAAGCGAAAACAACCACCAUCGUCAUCACCACAAUCAACAAAUUCAAUCAACCCAUUUGUUGGAAUUUUAACUCGUUGUAAAUCCCAGAAAUUCUUCUUCCACCAUAGUAGAUCUGGUAAUUCUCGAAAAUGCCGCGCUUUUCCAUCUUCUCUUAAAAACCCUAAUUUGCCCCAAAACGAAAAAUCUCGCAAUUUCAAGAACUCUCUUGAAGACGAAGAUGAAGAUGAGGGUGAGAUUGAUGGUAUGAUGAUCAAAGAUCUUCGAGCUAGGCGGGUUUUCUCAAAACCUCCGAAUUCGGAAGGUGUGUUUAAGAGUAGUAGAUGUUUAACUGGUAAGAAUGUAAACCCUAACUUGGAUUCUAUGUUAGUUGGUGGCGAAUUGGAUGGAUCUGAUUGUAAAUGUGCUGAAAAUGGUGUAUUUAGGGGGGAGGGUUUGAGUUUGGGAAAUCCUAAUUUGGAAAUAAUGGAAAAGGGCUAUAAUGAAGGAAACCCUAAUUUAUCCAUGGUAGACAAGUGUGUUGAAUCUAGGAUUAAUGUUGAAUAUCCUAAUCUGUCAUUGCUAGAAAAAAGUGUUGAAUCUAGGGUAGCUUUUGAAGAUAUUAAGACAACAGGUGAAAACUGUUUAUCCAGUGUUGGUAACCCUAUUUUGUUAAAUUUGGAUUUGUGUGUUGAUUCUAGGGUUGAAUAUACAAGUGAAUGUUUCAAUGGGGGAAAUCCCAAUUUGUUAAUUCUCGAAGAAUGUGAUGAUAUAAAGGUGAAUUGUGGAAAUAUUGAUUCAAUUGGUAGAAGCCCUGAUUUGUCAAUGUUAGAGAAAUGUGUUGAUUCUAAGAGUGAAUGUUCAACUGGUGUAAAUCCUAAUUUGUCCAAGGAAGGUUUUUUGGAGAAAGACUGUGAGGAAAAUGUGCAGACAACACCUCCAGAUGCAGUAGUUUUGGUAAGGCAGAAAGAUGAUCAGAGUGUAUUGCAGUGCAGAAGUGCUGAUUCAAGUUUUCCUUCAAAGAAAAUCAGUCCUAUUAAAGGUGGAAGUGUUGAUAGGAAGAGGAAUUUUCCUAAUUCUAAGAGAAAUAUGGGGUUGCUUCCUUGCUCGAGGAUGAAAGUAUUUAAGGCUCCUAAUUCAUUCAGUUAUAGGAGAUUGCUCCCUUUUCUUAUGGAUAUAGCAAAGGAUGAUCCAAAUGCACCUAAAGUUCAUUCAAGCAUUAAAGUUGAGUCCCCAAGUGAAGAGAAGCCUCUAAUGUCUUCUCAAGAACGUGUUGCUGAUUUUUUAAAAAUGGAUGAAAUGCCACCUGAAAAUACAGUCAGUAGCCAUUCUCUGGAGACAUACAUUGAUAGUAGAGAAGAGGAAAGACACUAUUUUGGCCUUAAGACAGAUGAUUCUAGUGCUGAGCAAGCGGCAAACAAUACCCCUAUAAAUUGUCCUCUUGAAAAGAGCCAAAACCCAGUAUCUAAUGAAAACCAAAUGGGGACUCCAGUAUCAGAUGAAAGCCUAACUGAAACCCAUGUAUCAGUUGAAAACCAAAUUGGAACCCUAGUAUUAGAUGAUUCAUUCAAUGGAAGAGCAUCAUCUGAAGGAAAAACUUCAUCAGAUAAUAUCUGGAAGUUGGAAGGUAUUACUCCAAUUGCUGAACCUGAUCUCUCUGCUGCAUUCAAUUGUCCCAAGAAAACUCCUGAGCAUUCGGUGGAAGAUGUCACCGAAAGAAAAUGCAAGGCAGCACAUCAUGAAUUCAAAUCUGAGCAAAGAUUGAUGAAUGUGCUUCACAGCUCAUUCAAAACGGAUGAUAAUGUUUCUUCAGGCGUACUUGAUUUUGGUCAUGCAAAAAGUAUCUUAAAGAAAAAUCCUCGAGGUUGUCGGGGUGUUUGCGGCUGCCUGAAUUGUGCUUCAUUCCGUCUCAAUGCAGAAAAGGCAUUUGAGUUUUCAAGAAACCAAUUGCUGGAUGCCGAAGAACUUGCUAUGAACUUGAUGAAGGAACUGACAAGUCUGCGUUGUAUUUUAGAAAACUCUGUUAUUGGAACCAAUGCUAUUCUCACAGUUGAUCAGGUGCAGAAAAUUUGCACAAGAGUUUCCACUGCAGAAAAUAGUGCCAAGAGUCAAUUGAGCCAAAUGAAUGAAGACCUCAAUGUUCAUUGCAGAACCAAGUCUCUAAAUAGACCUCGGGUGAAUUUCUCAAGUUCUUUCCAAGAGAAGAUCAUGGAGUAAGUCGACCAAAUUAUCUCUUCAAGACUAUUGCACUUUUAAAUGGCGAUUCUUUUUUGAGUUUGGUCCUCUCUAUAUUGAAAUAUGACCUUAUGUUCAGAUUGUUAGAACUAUUUUUGUUUAACUACAAAGGUUUAUACUACAUGUGAUAGAUUUCUCAACUAAAUGUCAAUUAUGAGAUUUCUUUUAUUGAGAGAAAACUGAGAAGACAUUGUAAAAUAUGAUAGCAUAAAUGGGAGAAGUUGCUACUCAUAAUUGUCUUCCAUAUCAAGGAUUUUUGUGGAAGCGUAGAUAAAGCAUCAUCCCUUUAUUGAAGUUGCAAAUUUGCUUUGAUACAUGUUAAAAGAGUCAAUCGGAAACGACGCUUGCAUACUGGAGCAAAGUCACAAUAUUUAUAAGGGGGACUAAAUAGUCAACACACUACCAUAAAAUCACAUUUGAAUGUAUGAUAUUCUAGCAAGUUUACCCUACCAUACUUUUGGUAUUGUUUUUGUUAGUGAUGGAAACACCAAAUGUUGGUUCAAAUUUUAUUUUUUUUUUGAAGUUGCCUGCCCCAUAAGCAGUAGUGCUUACUAUCUAGUAUCUAUUCCAUAAGAGCAAUUAGUAGCAUAACAAAGUUUCAAUGUGAUGAAAUUUUUUUAAGAUUGAACAAGAAAUUGAAACAUA